AUGUUGCUCUUUCUAUGUUGUUUGUUGCCGAUUGCCUCAGCCUUUCCAAACGUUCAGGGAUGGUAUCAAUCAUCACAGAUCCUACAGGACGUACCUACUGAUCUUUCACCGUAUAGCGUCAGUUUUGUGGAGUUCCAGGGAAAAUACGACAAGAUAUACCCAACCGUCCUAGAAGAGUUGAGGAGGUUCGAGAUAUUCAGGACAAACAUUCAGAUUAUAGAAGAACAUAACAAGCUGUAUGUAUCUGGACAGAAGAACUUCUUUCUUGGAGUCAACCAAUUUACUGACAUGGACUCUGCAGAAUAUUCAAAAUGGCUCAGCACGAGUAUGAUGCGGAAAAGCAACCAAAGUAUGACUUCAACAUUCCUAAGGCCGAACAACGUCAUGGCUCCAGAAGAAGUCGACUGGAGAACGCUUGGUUACGUUACGGAAGUAAAAAACCAGGGUGUGUGCGGAGAUUGCUGGGCAUUUAGUGCAACCGGUUCUCUCGAGGGACAGCAUUUCAAGAAGACGGGGAUUUUAGUAUCUCUAAGUGAACAGCAGUUGAAUGACUGUUCUACCAGUUUUGGUAACAACGGCUGUAAUGGCGGUCUUAUGGACAACGCCUUCAAGUACGUAGAGACCUACGGCAUAGAAUCGGAAUUCGACUACCCCUACACCGCCCAGGACGGGGAUUGUAUGUACGACUCGUCUAAGACGGUAGCGACCUGCUCAGGUAUCGUCGGAAUACCAGCCGGAUUUGAACUAGGAUUGCUAGCGGCCGUGGCCACCGUUGGACCUAUAUCCGUUGCCAUAGACGCAAGUCAUACCUCAUUUCAGCUAUACGCGGGCGGAGUUUAUGACGAGCCUCAGUGUAGUCCAACCAAUCUUGACCAUGGCGUACUGGUUGUAGGAUACGGCACUCUCAACGGCAAUGACAUGUGGAUAGUCAAAAAUAGUUGGGGGACGCAGUGGGGAGACGGUGGUUAUGUGAUGAUGUCUCGGAACAAAAAUAAUCAGUGUGGAAUUGCUACAAUGGCCAGCUACCCACUUAUGUGA